AUGCAUUACAAUAGUCUCGGAACGGUGAAAUACGUUUUAGCAGAUGAUACCAUUAAACUCCACCAAUCUGAUCCCAAGAAUUUACGACCACAUGAUGUAGAAUUGGACAACAGUGCUAGCCUAAAUACAUUGAUGAACGACAGCAUAUUUGUCAAAUUUAAACAAAAUAAAACAACACUUCAAGAAAUUAAUGAGGAAAUGAAAUCGACACUUUUAUGUAUACGAAUCCAUGCCACCAACAAACAUGCAGCGAACAGAACGGCAUGUGUGCGUCACUUCCGGUCCAUGAUCCUUGGUUUACAGGAAGAGGACUACCAAAUGUUAGCCACAAGAGAGUUGGGCAUGGUUUGCGAAAACAACAAUACGAUGUGUGCUGAUCAGCGUUAUCUGUUUAUGGAUAUCAUUGGCGGAAGAGGAGACCCAUUUUCACAGAAGCUGCUGCUUAGAUAUUUGUCCAUAAACGGAACUUCGAAUGAAAAAGAGGCUUGCAGAAUACUCUUACUUUUCAUUCAUUUGGAAAACCCACUACCGGAAUUAAUCUUGAAGGUGGAAAAUCUUUGUUUUGGAAAGGACAAUGAGUUUCAUGCGAAAUCGGCGCCUUUUCUUCACAAACGAAAGAAAAGAUCCGUUACAGAGGUCGAUAGUCCAAGACUUAACCAUAUCGUCACGAAAUUGGUCUUCAUCAACUCUUUGGGAAAUACAGGAAUGGAGAGAUCUUUGGACCAUAUACUCUCAUAUCUACAACCAAACCAAGGAGCAUCUGCCUGGAGGCGCGCAGCUGUCCUUAGCUUGCGACACUACAAGUGUAACAAAAGUGCCAAUGCCCUUCUACAUACUGCCUUGUACGAUGAACAUGACCUUGUGAAAGAAAUCUCUUUGAAAGCGUUUUCCCAACAUCCUAGAGGACGGAUUCUACAGCCUGAACAUCAUGAAAUGGUUCUAACACGAAACUACUCGUACCCAGCUUUGAUGAGGCUGAAACGUGGAAUCAUUGAUAUAGACCUUACGGGUGGGUUCCGAAUAGCCAUAACGAUACCUGGCAUAAAUUGGGAAAAAACUAUCGGAUCAUCCGACAUUGGAGCCGGUUUCGGCCUCAACAUCAGAAACAGGAUGGAAUUAGAACUAAAGCCACUUCAAGGUCAUUUUCUCAUAGACACUUACAACAAAGCCUUUGUAGAGGCUUAUUGUGGUCUCCUGAAUAAACAUGUUGACAUCUUUAAGGCCUUAGUAUGUUUUCAAGGUCACAUCGGCUAUGACUUAAAUGUCCUCAAGGAUUUCGGCAUAAACAACGUCAAAGACUUGGUGAAUAUUUUUGACACCAUCAUGAAAAACACUGUAGACCCAAUCAAAAAAGCAGUCAACAACUUUAAACACAUGGUACAGACAUUCAGGGAUGGAGGAAUUCAAAAGAUGUUUAAUAGUCUUGUUCUGGCAGUGAAGAAUUUACCACAAGUAAUUAAGUCCGCUGCAGACAAGUUUGUAGCACUUAUGCGGAAGGUGGCCGACUUUGGAGGACUACCCUGGCUGGACGAUAUGAAACGACUUGUAGUUCGAGUUAAAACGUUUAUAGAGGACGUCAGGGACGAUAUCAUGGGGUUUUACAAUACGGUCGUCGAUGCAGUCACAGUUACUUUACCAUAUAUAGGAAAGCAGUUCAUGGAUUCCAUUGCCACCAUCGUUUCUGCCACUAAGUCCUUACUCUCCAACCCCUCGCAGGCUAUCAAUGGAAUGACCCAGGCAAUUAUGAACAUCAAAAUGGCAAUAUCCAUGUUCUUAGAUGUCAAGAAUCAAGUACUGGACGCAUGUUUCUUCUUGAAAGGUAAAACACCGUACUGGAUGACCAUUGGUGACGAAGUUAACAACAUAAUAACGGAAGUGAAAGAGCUUAUAGAUCGACUGUCUAGUCCUGGUUCUGACGGAAUACUGGGCUCCACAUCAGAUCUUCUCACCAUGGCGGUAUCCGACGGUAUACAACAUAUGGAAGAGCAAGCGCAUGUGAUAAAAGCCGAACUUAUUGAAGACUUCAAAGAUGCCAUGGGUCCACUUAUGACUUUAUUCGAGGUUGCAAAACCAGUUAUAGACACAUUCCGUUCAAUCAUGGAUGUCGUUCAAGGGAUCAAGUCUACAUAUGAAUUUCUGAGAGAUAUGAUUAUCAAAGCAAAAUCAAUGAUUCAAAAGAUAUUUGGGCCGAAGUUUAAUAUCAAAUUUCCUACACGCCGACGGGAAGAAAAUGCACAAUGUGGUCAAGGUGUUUGGCCUACAACGACUGCGGGAUUGUACAAAACCACAGGAGUGGACGUUCAUCUCAACAGAGGGUCGAAAGUGCGAUGUCCCGUCAAUGGGAUGGUGUACAAAAAAUCGUCAACACGGCUCCUUAUUGAACCAUCGGACGCCGAUUUUGUUCAGUUUGAGAUAGUUCUAGAUAACGUUGAACCUGAUAGAUUUGUUUCCUCAUACGGAACAUAUUUCACAGCAGGUAAAACGAUAGGAAAAGCAGGAAGAUCGAACUGUUCGCCAAAUUUUAUUCACGUAGCUAUGAGGCAAAAAACUGGAGGUGUUGUCUUACCUGACGAGGAAUAUAAUUAUGUGGAUCCGUCACCUUAUCUGGACAGACUUGUGCCGAUACCACAAUGGAUAGAAGAGUGCAAUGAAAUGACAUUGAUAGUCAUGAACCAAGUAAUUGAAGUCGAGGCAUUGGCAAAAGAUGGAGCAGAUAAAGAGAUUGAGGAAGUUGAAAGUAGCAUUGAAGACGAUGAUAUCAACGAGAUGGACCCAACCAAAGAGCCGAAUUACAUACCAGAUAAUGUCGACUCCAGUUCAUCACAGAACGUUGGUAGUGAUUUCCUAAACGGAAUGAAAAAUUCAUUGUCGUCUUUCUCAGAUCUGAAAAACAUGUUUUCUGGAGAAAGUAUGAAAGUUCCAAACAUCCUUGAUAUAAUCGAUCUCAAACAAUAUAUACCACUGUGUUCAUCAGAAGGAUGUCAUCGACAUGUUCAUCAGAUCCUGAACUGGCUACUGAUUUUAGAACAUUGUUGCCCAACUUUUCGCGACGGCCUGAACAAAGGAUUUGGCCAUGUAUGCCAGGCCCACGAAAACUGUCUGGGUUUAUCAUGUGGAUUAAUGCUUCCCUAUGGAUCAGUGUUCAAAAUGGUUUCUGUUGACAUCAGUGUGAGACCUUGUGAUUCGAAACUACAUAUCGCGGUUAAUACAGACAACAACGACAUCAGUCUCGAUGGUCAUGAUUACCAUAUCCCAUUGAUGACAUUAGGGAGUCUAAGUGCCGAACUUAUCGUUAACGCUGACGUCAUUGACAACGCGAUUGUGCUAAGUGCUGAAGCAACCAUUUGUCACGAAGAAUAUCUUUCCUGUCUCGUGAGGACUAAGAUCACAACUGACAUCACGUUCCCCAAAGUCGACGUCUGCGACGAUUCAAGCACUGAUGGAAGAAGAAAGGAUGUGCCUACAUCCGAAAUAGAGAAAAUGACACUAGGGGAUAUGAUACUGGCGAUUUCACAAAACGAUAUCAUGACUCUCAAUGAUAUGGAACUUAUAGGAAAAAUACGAGAUGCUGUCGUAUCUGAGCUUUUCAAGAAUCCGAAAGGUCUUCUGCAGAUCUUAGGGGAGGAAUUUCAAGAUAAAAUGGAUUUCUGUAUUGAUGCGGAUAUUCCUAUAGACCCAUGGGAUAUUACAUUUUUCGAGUUUUCUCAAACAUUCCCAGUUGGGCCUGUUCCAUUGUUUCUAGGUUUCGGAGCCGGAGGAUCAUUGAGCCUGGACAUUAAUUUAGGAGUUUGUUUCCUUAGUAUGAGCGCAAGAGUGACUGUUACUCCUGGUGCUGGGGCCAGUGUUUGGGGGACAGCAGGCAUAAGUUUGGGUUUCGCAAGAGGAGGAAUUCGACUUGUAGGCUAUUUAUUGGAAACGAAAUUUCCUAUCACGGGGAGCAUAGGAUUCAGUAAAUUUCCAUUGGAUGUAACAGCAAAGAUGGACCUUAUUCUUAUCCCCUUGAAGCUUGACCUGAAAGGCGUUGUUGUAUUAUGUCUACCAAACAAGAGUGUCACUAUAUUUGAUGCUAGCAUAUGGUCAUACACAACGCCAACAAUAAAACAUAACAUUUUCACGACGCCUGUCAUUGGUAAGGAUUCUUCCCCGCCUGAGUUUCCCCCCAACUCUGUAACUUCCCGAAGAAAGCGUGAAGGCCCUAAAGGAUGCUUGCUUGAACAAGUGAAGUUCCGAAGUCCUCUUGAUGCCGCAUUUAAGUUAGAAGUAUCUACACUUGACGAAACGAGUCAGGUGAAACUGUUCUAUGCGAUCGGUACACAACGUGGUGGGACAAACGUAGUCGAUUGGACAGAAAUGGGGGGUGCAUCUCUGCUAGUUCCUACUAACGAUUUGCCGAGCGGUAUACCUCUUUAUUGGACUGUCAAGGCAAGAAAUACACAAGGUCUGGAAGCGUAUUCAUAUUGUAUGCUUCCGACUUAUGACACAACAGUUCCAGAUGGCAGAAUCGACCCGUCUUUUGAGUUUUCAAGUCAUCCGAACAAGAUAAGCGGUACAGUGGUAGUAUUCGAUGAUAGCAUAUUGGAACCUUUUCAUGAAAAGGCUGUAGGAUUCACCUCAGGUCAAUAUGGAAGCGAAUUUGUAACGUGGGAUUCACUUGACAUUGACAAGACAACUAUCCGUGACGAAAUAAAUGACGAGCUGAAGUAUUUCAGCGUACCUCGGGACGGAAAAUUGACAGCGCAAAAUUUUAAAACGGCCAAAACACGAACAGCGGUUGAAUGUGCCAAGCUGUGCUUGGAAUAUUCUAUUAAGUGCGUUUCGUUUGACUAUGAAUAUCAUUCCGAAAUAUGCGACAUGCACGAAGUUGUUGAAGGGCCACGAGCUUCGCUACGACUGAGUGGGACAUUCAAGAAUUACGAACGUCUCGGAGUUGGACAUAGUUCUUACAUCCUUUAUGAAAACUUACCCUUACAGCAUGCAACUGUUUAUUACAUAAAUGCUAAAGUGACUAACGCGAUGGGGUACACAGCUUACAUCACAUCUGUUGGUACAACAGUAGACUUUACGCCACCAUCACCAGGUCACCUAGGACCAGCAGCACAAGUCACUAUGGAAGCAAGUCAGUGUUCAGCAGCCGUGACUCAGAGAUGUGUUGAAGUCACAUGGAAAGAAAACCAUAAGGUGAUAGUUGAUGACGAGGAAUCAAGCACCGUGUUUAAUGGGCUUAAACCACUACAGGAUGAAAUUUACACAAUAAAUAAUCACAUUGCCUCAGUCAACUUUGAUGGUUUCCAUGACGACGAGAGCGGUAUUUCGGGAUAUACCUGGAUGGUGGGACAAACUGUAUGUACUCAGGACAUUGUAGAGGAGUCUGAUCCACAUAAACAUCACUCUAGUGAGAAAUAUUGGACACACAACGGUUACGAGAAGAACCUGCACCUUCAGGAUGGUCCUUAUUACGUCACUGUUAGAGCUCUCAACAACAUUGUCUUCGGCGGUGCACUUGUUACAACAGUGUGUCACAGUACGCCAUUUACUGUCGAUACAACAGCUCCAAUAUUUACCAAAGUCCUGGACAUAUUCUACGACGAAGAUUUUGACCUUCUGGCGGUCUACUUCAAUGCUUCGGACCCACUUUCCCAUCUUGCAAGAGUAGACUUUGGACUUGGCAAAACAAAACAUGAUGUCACAAUUCGUGGAUAUGAAUUGCAGACUUAUGUCACAAGGGAAGAACCAUUUGUUGCCGUGGAACAUCUCGGACUUGGUCAUGGAGUCCCGGCUUGGCUACGGCUGAGAGCAGUCAACAACGUGGGACUUCACACCGCACGCCAUGGAGACGAGCAGAUUCUGAUCGACUUGACCCCGCCAAAUGUCGGCGUGGUCCUUGAUGGAGACAAACUAGACACUGACAUUGACUACCAAUUUGACACAUCUACCAUUUGUGCCGAGUGGGUGAGGUUUUACGAUGAGGAGUCCGGCAUCAGAGAUUAUAUCUGGGGUGUUGGUACAGCAAAGGGUGCUGAUGACAUUGUCAAGUUCCACAAUCUGACCCAUCAUUUUAAGCGUUCUUGUGCCGGUGAUUUAGCUCUGAAGCAUAAUACCACCUACUACUCUACAGUGAAUGCUUACAAUGCGGCACUCAACUCCAAAAGUAGUAAUGGAACAUCAGACGGGAUCCUUAUUGAUAUCACUCCGCCUCUACCAGGCAUAAUUUGGGAUGGACCAGUUAAAGGGAAUGAUAUCGAUUUCUCCUCUGAGACGGCUACAAAAUCAUGUAACUGGGAUAAUUUCACUGAUCCGGAAAGUCACAUCGCCAAAUAUGACAUUUCAUUAUACAUCAAUAGAGAACAUAUCCAGACAUUUGAAGUAGUUGACUUAACCCAGUUUACGGAAAGAUCUAUCACGAUGAAUCACCGGGACGAAGUCGAAUUUAUAGUUACCGCAGAGAAUGGAGCCGGUAAGACUGUAGAUGUGACGUCAAAUGGAUUUCUUGUUGACCACACCCCACCCGUAAUGGAUUACAUCCAUGACACAGAGACGGGAACACAUUACCAAAGUUUCAUCGAUUACUUAGAUGUUUCCUGGUUAUUCAAAGAUGAGGAUUCUAAUAUAAAAGAGUAUAGAUAUUUCAUAAAUAAGCAGCAUCAGGGCAGUAAACAUAAAUCGUGGCCUGUUAAUGCCACUUACCAGAUUACAGAUACUUCGAUGAACGACGGACCAGUGAAAUUAAAAAUUGAUCAGCUGAAAUUGGUAAAUGGUGCAAAGUACUCGAUUGUUGUAACAGCCAUUAAUAAUGCUCUUUUGUCGACCUCACACGAAUCUUUCGGAGUAACAGUCGAUGGAACUUCACCGAUAUUGACAAAGGUCCAUAUUGGACUCCCCAAAGAAGACGAAGAAGUGGAUGAGUUAGACAGAAUACUGCAUGUUGAUCCUUCCAUUUUGACUGUAAGUUGGGUUGGCCAAGAUCCGGAAAGUGGAAUCGACCGAGUAUAUUUAGGCAUCGGAACAUCUCAAGGAGAUAUAUCCAUAACUGGGGAAUUCCUGGAGUUUGACGGGAGUGAGAAAAUACUUACAGUGAAUAAUUUGGCCCUAGAAACAUUUUCAGAAACCAAUAGGAUUUAUUACGUUUCUAUAAAAGUCACCAACGGAGCGGGAAUGGUAUCUAACAUUGUCUCAUCAAAACCAAUCAUAGUACUUAAAGCCAACAUUCCAGGUCAAGUAUCUGAUGGCAGACAAGAAUCCGUAGAUGAGGAUUACACUGUAGACAGAUCUUCCUUAGCCGUUACGUUCGCUGGAUUUGAAAGUGAAGCAUGCAAUAUCAUAAAGUAUGAAUGGGCGAUUGGUUCUGAUGCUUAUAUGUCAGAUGUUUUACCGUACACAGGAUAUGGACUGAUGGUACAUAACUCGUCACACGGGCAAGCUCAGAUACAUAUGGAUUUGACAGAGGGAAAAACCUAUUAUGUCACUGUGAGGGCACAUCCUGGACAUAAUUGCCAUGAAGAGUAUAUAGUAUCUUCAUCUGAUGGUAUAAAACUGGACACAUCCCCUCCGGAAAUCAAUUAUAUCGGACCUGAAUUGGAUGAUACACAUUAUGUGCACCAUGACAAUGUCUUUUAUCAAUCCUACGUCGAUUCUUUGGAUAUUGUGUGGAAUGUUUCUGAUCAUUCUGACAUAAAGAUGAUGUCCCUCUCAGCCGGAAGUCUUCCUUACAUGACAGACGUUAUUGCAACUGAAAUAGUUGAUUCAAACGGAACCCCGGUAGGCUUCCUUUCACCUAAAGCUGGUGAAUCCACCUUCUUGACCUUAAGGUCAGAGGAUCGUGCUGGAAAUAACAAACUUAUAAGCACAGAUCCUGUCAUAGCCGAUAUAUCCGCGCCAACGAUCCGAUCUCUGGAAUGCACUGAAGCUGUAUCAACGGAAAGAUCUCUUAUAGCAUGUUCGUGGGAAUUUGUUGUGGAAGAAGAAAGUGUUAUAAAAUCGUUGACAAUAAAAGUCAUUUCACCAUACAACAAUUUAAAAAUUGAACGUAGUAUACCGCAUGGUAGGCGAGAAGUUAUUAUUGAUGUAAAUGACUUUCUGAACGAAACAAAUACAAAAGAAAUAUCCUUGCAUAUGACGAUUUCAAAUGUCCUGAAUCAAAAUACCACUUACGUGCGUACAGUUAUAGUGGACGCUACCCCUCCGUCGUCUGCGAUCGUCAAAGUGGUGACGCAGAUGUCCUCAAAAGAAAUAACAAUUCACCAACGAUGCCAAAUCCCUCAGACGUAUGUGAAUGUAUUAGUAGAAAACCCUGCUGACGAAGAAACUGGUAUUGAAAGGAUAGAAGUCGCAAUUGGCACCACACCUGGACAUAGUGACGUCACGGAUUAUGUAGAUGUUCCUUCGUCUGGAAAAGUCUUCCUUGGAAAUCUAGAUCUCGGUCAUGGAAAGAUAAUUUACGCUACGGCGAUGGUGACAAACAUUGCGGGACUGUCAAAAAUGUUCUACUCGGAUAGUGUAACGGUUAGUGUCCUACCAUUAUUAACUGUUGGUGAUGGUGGUCCUGAAGCAGAUGACGAUUACCAAAGUAAUCUUAAUACAAUUCGUGGAUUCUGGAGAUUCUCUGAUACCUGCCCAAUCGAUAGGGUACAAUGGAAAAUUGAAGAUCUCAUGGGUAACGAUAUUAAAGAUUUUGAAGACGUUGUUCAGAAUGCAAAGACAUUCUAUAACGACGAAUUUAGUCUGAAGAAUGGAUUCACGUACAUUAAUAUUAUCAAGGUGAGGGACGCGUUAAAUAGAACCUUUAUGUCUGCUUCUGAUGGCAUCACCGUCCGUAUAGAGCCACCAAACCCAGCUGAUGUACGAGAUGGUCUGAAUGACGACAUUAACUACCAGCAAAGUGUUAACGAAAUAUCAGCUAACUGGGACGAAUUUGGGGAUGAUACGGGAAAUCCUACGCAGACGAUUCGUCACUAUGAAGUAGCUUUAGGUGAUGACCACCGUUUUCCAAAAACAAGAUCGAAUAUUUACUAUUAUGUGAAUGUCGGAUUGAAUCAAUCUCACACCUUCCGUAACUUAAAUUUGACAUCCGAGGAUGUGACAUAUUACGUAACGGUCAGAGCUACCAGUGUUGCUGGAAGUCAGGAAGAGGCUUUCUCUAAUGGCAUCAAAGUUGGCUUCGAAAAUCAAAUAUAUCCGGGAUUGCUCGAAACUCCAGUAGUUCAAUCAGACGUUUCAAAAAUAGUUGCAUCAUGGACGGAAUUUCAGUCUGAUAUUGGAAUAAGACAAUACCUUGUCGGUGUCUUUGGCAAUCAGGUUCAGUUCAAUUGUACUCAUAACGAAAAUGAGACAUUUCCAUGCGAAACGUUUUAUAAUUCAUUCGGACUAUUUGACGAGAAGCCAAUGUCAACCUACGGACUAGAUACCCUGGUAGAGAUAUCAAAUCUUCAUCUGAAGCACGGUCAUUUCUACUUCGUAAGUGUUUUAGCUGUCAGCGAGGCUGACAUGUGUCGUUUAGUUACGUCAUCGCCUAUUUUGAUUGAUACCACUCCGCCAGAUGCUGCGUCCGUACUUUUGCAUGUUGGUAAUGUAGCUGACGACAGAAAAGACGACAUAUUUGUCGACAAUACUGAUAUACUUGAGGUCGCGUGGGAGAACUUUACUGAAUAUGAGAGUAGUAUCGAUACUUUUGAGGUGACAUUAUACCAAAUGACUGACUGUAAGUCGAAAACUGUUUCACCGGAGUUCAAGGUUGAUUCAGUUUUAGUUACAGGCGAUACUAAAGCAACAAUGUAUCAAUUGUCAUUAUUUCCUAAAGUGUUCUAUUUCCUAGAAGUAACUGCCUUAAACACAGCUGGUCUAACCUCUUCGAUCAUUAGCUCGAGAUUCCGCUUAGAUCAAUCCGCUCCAUUCAUAGGUGAUGUAAAAAUAGCCCCAAACUGGUUCACUACUUCCACAUUUCAAUCCUCGAAAGAAACAAUCACUGCAUGGAUUGGUAUUUCAAGAUCACAUGAGGUAUUUGUUUGUGCGAACCAGAGAGUAAGCUUUCCAGUCCAAUUAUCAAAUGCCAUAUCAUGGGAAAAGAUGACCGGUUCAUAUAAUCCGGAAUUCGUGGAAUUCACCAAUACCAAAGCUAAGCUUAUUAUAGGCUAUAACACGGCCCAAACUAAGUUCAUGAGAAGUGGAAUGAAAAGCACACCGAUCCCGGUGCUGCCUGGGAAUUAUACGGUAUCCCUUAAGGCGGCUAGAGGCAUUAAUGUCAUAUCAAUAAUUUCAUUUGGUUCAGAAUCUCAACUUUUCCCAAAGAAUUACACUCCGCCACACAGAACAACCAUUGGUGGAGUGAUCUUCAACAUGACAUUACAAGAGGAGGUUUCAGAAAUAGAAAUCAACUCUUCUACCACACAAAUCCCAAUGAUUUCAACGACUACGUUCUCCUCCUCGACCUUUAUAACUGAAAACCCUACUCCAUCAGACCAGAAUUUUACAGGUGAAAAUUAUGCUCAGCUUCCAAACCCUGGUCAAUUCGGUUUCGGAUUAAGUAUUAUAGGCACACAGCAAAAUGGAAGUAAUCAUUGGGAUGCAAUGUUUUGGGUCGCUGGUCAAGUGAAAAAUUCUGAAGAAUGGAUCACAUUGGAUGCCGAUCCCUCUGAAUCGGAAGGAAUAUUUACAUUUGCUUUGGAAACGGAAUCUAAGCGCGGUGAAGUAAAACACAACAUCAAAUUAAUUGUAAACGGAAUAACGAAAGCUAAUGCAUUUGGAGUUACAUUCGGAGACAGUAUGAAAACCAUUUUAAGUACAUGGAACGAUAACGAGUAUGAACCAGCAAUAGAAAAUAUAUUUGAACCCUUUCGAUCGGAGAUGGUUGUGACAAAUGUCCUGAUUCCAACAGAUAAGGAUAAGUUAUGUUUACACGGUGCUGGGUUUUAUGAUGGAGAGAGUAGCAUUAAGGAAAUCUGGGUAGGAGUUACUGAUAAUGACAACUGUACAGACAGUAUAUCUCCAAUGCAACUUUAUCAGACAUUGUGUUUGCCAUGCGAAUUCGAGUGUUUGGAAGAUUGUUCGGAAACAUGUCAAUAUGAAGAAUUUGAUUUAAUUAGAAUCGACAUAACCGGUCUCAAGUUAUUGCCGACUUUAGCAUCUGCGAUAAACGGUUCUGAAUACGAAUUCCAGAUCGAACAGUCGCACACGUAUUACGUUACCAUCGAAGCUGUGAACUUUGCAGGACAGAAGUCCACAUCAAGAUCUAAUGCUAUCAUGGUGGACACGAGCCAUGCUGUGUGUGAGUACGUCAGGUGCUUAGAUCCCGAGAACAGCAUGGAGGAACCGACAGAGUAUAUAGGAUCCAACAACACGGUAGCAGCCUACUGGUCCUGUUUGGAUGCUGAGAGCGAGGUGUAUUCCUAUUCCGUCGGUAUUGGCUCGUCACCUGAUACUACGGACAUCUAUAAUAUGUCCGAUAUCGGCUUGGCGACGAAAAGUCAAAUAUUUCUUACGAAUGGAAACACCUUCAAUCAUGGAAGUAUGUAUUAUUUCAAUGUCUGGGCAUACAACGCAGCAGGAUCACCUGGCAAAUUCUCUUGUAAAUUCAAUGUCGAAUUGUAUCCUCCGGAUGUUGAGAACGUAACAACGAAGUCUUUAUUUGAAUACCAUCCUGCCGAUGUACGUGGAGAUCACAUUGUCAAUGUAUCAUUCACGGAGUUGGAAGAUUCUGUUGGUGUUGCUUGGAACAGUAUUGAAGAUGUCGCUGACAUAUAUGAAUGGGGUAUCGGAACAAGUGCAAACAAAUUCGACAUUCUUCCAAUGAUCAAAGUGGGCGUGUCAAAGGCAGGUCAGGCGGAGAUAGUUCAAGGUCAUGUCUGGUUCAAUCGUAUAAAUAUGAAUUCAACCGUAUCAAGUUUCCGGGACCAGCCAAACGACACAAUAGAGGGUUCCCUGUUCCUAUUGGAGCCAGGUCGUUGUCUCCAUCACUCGCUAGUAGCUGUUGGAAGAUCCCACCUGAAAAGUUCCAUUCCUAUAUCGCCUACAUGCAUAACAAGGCCUACUGAUUCCCGACUUUCGCUGAAUGAAAGUGGAAAAGCAAUACUUACCAUAAUGGCAAAUGGAAGUAUUCUGAGAUUUAAUUCAGGAUCGGAGAUGCCAGAUGAUAGCAAUGUAUUGAUUGAAAUGCAAGCACGACGCAGCGGCAUUAUGAUUGGCCAACUAAGUAAUGAUGACGUCACCAAAAAUUACGGAACAGAUGCAACAGACGAGUUUUCCCCUUCAAUUGUUGAUCCGAAGUCAACGAUUAAGUACACUUCAAGACUCCUUAAAAACAGAUUGCAAGAUUAUAAAGGACUUUCCUUCGUUGUGUCCCCAAUGCCACAGAUCGAGGCAGCUGACUUUGAGAUAACUAUCAGCAUUAAGAUAGACCCUAUGGAUUAUGACAAUGAUACAGUACCAGCUUUGGCUCUCUGGAACAACAUGGAUAACGGAUAUGGAAAAUGGCUGCAUGUGCAAGAGGAAUGUAACCCAAAAAGUAUCAGCAAUCUAGAAAAUCAGACAUAUCUGACCACGCAGGUGUGCCAUCAAACUGUUAUUAAUAAGGGUUUAGAUGAAAAUGCCAGGAGAAAACGUGACGUGUCAACAGAUUUGGCUAUUCUUACAUCACCCUAUCAGUUUGGACUAUUUCAGAUGCGUAGGGGUUGCGUCAAUACAGAGCCUACUAUUAUCACUAACGUUAUACACACCUUGGAAGACACUCCAGUCGUUCGUCACAAAUUGCUCUGGAAUGAUGCAGAAAACGAUACCUUAAUAUUCUCUGGCAAGAAACCAAGAUCAGGGCAAUUGGUUAUCACGAACGACGGUUACCUUACUUUUGUACCACCUGAAGAAUUUUCGGGACAAAUAGAAAUCGUAGUCGAGGCAGAGGAGACAACAAUCUGCAAUAAUCCCCACUCCUUGUCGAAAAUCAUCACGGUACACAUUACCAAUGUAGACGAUCCUCCUUUAAUAGGGUUCCUAUCGCACGAUAACAACUUCACUCUGGCGGACCAUUUGGAUGCUGAAAUAAUUAUUUUCCUGGAAGGAAACAACACCGAACUAUUCGCUGGUUCUCUAUUGAUGGCGGAUCCCGAUAUGAGAGAUAGUCUGAGAUUAAUCAGUCGGCGUUUGCUUCCAACAGACGCGGAACUUGUGGAGGAGGAAUCCGGCGAUCCCGUAGUACCGAACAAUACCUUUACUCCCAUCCAAAGUACGACGUAUAAACGUACAGAUUUUAAGCUGAAAACUGACGUUGAUUUCCACGGACACUUACAUUACCAAAUGGUAGGAAUGGACAAAGGCGGUCAGAUGACUGCUAGAAUUGAUGUACAUCUCUUCGUGCUUAUUUCCCCGUGUAACUAUGGGCGAUGUGCACAAACGGAUAUAGAAGCCAACCCAUGCAAUGACAGUGUUAGAGCUGUGAGCUUCGACGGUUAUAGUUGUGUUUGUGACGCUGGAUAUCGUAGUCAAUGGUGCAAUGAAGAAAUCGAUGAAUGUGCCGACGAUCCUUGUCCUCCUUUGUUCGACUGUACGGACCACGUCGCCUCCUACACAUGUGAUAUCAACGGUGGAUACCUAGCUGGCGUGCUCCUGUCUACUUGUGUAGUCGUAAUUGCAGUGUGUAUCUUGAUUGUCUACCGGUACAAAAAAUAUAAGAAGAAUUCAAUACACGACAGCAGCAUGUGGAGGUUGGAUGAUAAUGAAAAGUGGACACAGCGAUCAACAAGACAGCUACAUCCAAGUAUUGGAUCAACCUCAGCUAUAUUACUUCACUCAAAUUUAGUACCGAAUACAAGCACUGCCGAUCACACCGACCCUCAACAGGAUACCCCACUGUUAGAUUCGAAUCCGUUUGAAUCGGAACCCAGACCAAUGGAGCCUCUAAAAUCGGAAACAACUCCGUUGAAUCUGGACCUAGAUAAGUAG